AUGUCUUCUACAACUCCAUUUCCACAAAAACUUCGAUAUCCAUCUCUUGGAACUUCCUGCACAUCCUUAGUUCUUUCAGCCAUCUUUUUCUUGUUUUAUACAUUCCUGUACAGCCAUAAUUGUAGCCAAUCAUUUGGCCUGUUGAAUCCCAUAGAAACCAAAUGGUCAACUUCACCAGGAAAUAGCAGCUCUCCCUCCAUUUCUCCUACAGAUAUUAGCCACCUUAAGUUUAUAUUAGCCAGCUCCAGAAAAACAUUGAAGUCCAGAAAAACAUACAUUGAAGCCUGGUGGCGACCAAAUCAAACUAGGGGAAAUAUUUUUUUGGAUUCACCUCCCACAGAACACUUCCUGCCCUGGCCUUCAUCAUAUCCUCCAUUCCAGGUCAAUGAAGACAUCAGGAAGCUAAGGGUAUAUUCGAAACUUGUUGUUCCAGCCGCAGUUCGACUCUUUCGUUCAAUUCUGGAAACGUUUAGGCUAGGAAACAACGAAGAUGCGAGAUGGUAUGUUAUGGGGGAUGAUGACACUCUGUUUUUGGUUCAUAAUUUGGUUGAGGUACUUGGAAAAUAUGAUCAUACUAAAUAUUAUUACAUUGGGAUGACUUCCGAGGCUAUUAAAUCGAAUUCCGAUUUCUCCUUCAACAUGGCAUACGGUGGAGCUGGUUAUGCUUUGAGCUACUCCUUGGUUGAAGUAUUGGUGCCAGCCAUUGAUGAUUGUAUUGAGAGAUACCCUCACGUGCGUGUCAGUGAUCAAUUAUUGUCUUCUUGUUUGGCUGAUUUGGGGGUUGAUCUCACCACUGAAAAGGGUUUUCACCAGAUUGAUCUACUUGGUGAUGUAUCAGGUCUCCUGUCCUCUCAUCCACAGUCUCCCUUUGUCUCACUUCACCAUCUUGACAUUAUAAACCCACUCUUCCCUUCCAAGAACCGCUAUGAAUCAAUAAACCAUCUAAUGGAAGCUGCAAAAUUUGACCAAUCUCGUCUGCUACAACAAACCAUCUGCUACCACAGGCCAACCAACUGGUCUUUCUCAAUCUCAUGGGGUUACUCUGCUCAUAUUUAUGAAAAUAAAAUCCCUCGGAGUCUUUUGCGGAAACCCCUCGAGACAUUUGCACCAUUCAAGAAAUCUGCUAGGCCUCCGUUAUACAUGUUUAACACGCGGUUUCCCUCUUACGAUCCAUGCGUAACUCCUCAUGUCUUCUUCUUGGAAUCAGUCAAGAAUAUCGAAAGCAACCAAGACCAAGUUCUUAGUACAUACAACCGAACAUCACAGCGUCAUCUGCCACCAUGUUCAUCGAGUGGCAAUCAUUCGGCGGAUCACAUCACCAAGAUUCACGUUGUUUUGCAGGCAACAAGUCGAAAGCAGGGUGCAAAAGUAGAAUGCUGUGAUGUCCAAUACGUGGCUACUAGAAAUGUUGCUGACAUCAAAUUAAGGUCCUGUAUCAGCGGGGAAGUCAUUGCCUAG